AUGCGGCGCAGCGUGAUACGCAACCGGAAGGAGUUCCUCGAGCGAAAGCAGCACGAGCGGGUACACGAGGCCAUCCACGCCCGCAAAGAGCAGUUCCGCUCUGCUCUCGAGUCCGCCACUCCCCUCCCUGGUCACCUUAAAAAGGACGCGGUGGCGUUGAAGAAGUUCACUGAGCUAGACGACGCACAAACCCGCGAUGUGACCACCACCAUUGAUGACGAGUACGCAAAGGCGGGCAAGGAGGACCCGCACGUGCUGGUGACGACCUCGCGGAACAGCUCACAGAAGUUGCUCGAAUUUGCCAAAGAGGUUCGUCUCGUCGUGCCGAAUGCCGUCCGCAUGAACCGCGGUAACCUCAGCGUGCACCAGCUGAUGGACGCUGCACGCAAGGAGAACUACACGGAUGUGAUCGUCCUUCAGGAGUCGCAGGGUGUACCGGAUAGUCUCAUUGUGUCGCAUUUACCGCUGGGUCCCACGGUCACCUUCACGAUCCACAACCUCGUCUCACGGCACGAUAUUGAUGGCGUGGGCACCAUGUCGGAGCAGUACCCGCACCUGAUAUUUGAGAAUUUCACCACAAAGCUCGGCCUGCGCGUGAAGGAUGUGCUGCGGUACCUCUUCCCGGUGCCGAAGGCAGACGCAACCCGUGUGCUGACUUUCGAUAACGACAACGAUUUUAUUAGCUUUCGCCACCACACCUUUAAGCGCGAAAAAGGGAAAAAGCAGGUGGAGCUGACCGAGGUGGGACCGCGGUUUGAGCUCACCCCCUACCGCGUCAUGUUGGGGACGCUCGAGAUGGAUGACGCCGAGACGGAGUGGGUGCUACAGCCGUACAUGAACACGGCGAAGAAGCGCCGUCUGAUGUAG